AGUUCCUCUUUGCGUGUAUAUAGUGAAGUUGAUAUGUGAAUAUUUUUAACAUAUAUACACGUGUCGGUUGAAACAUCACUUACUACAAUGAAGAAGAUAGAAUAUAAUGUAAAAAGCGUAUAGUGGAUAGAUAACGGUGUCUUUGGGAAAAGACGGGUCGCGUGCUUUUGCUUCCGACAAGUGCAUUCACUAGCUUCAGUAUUUCUCGAAGAGUGUCUGUGAAAACGUUGUCUAUCAAUUGUUGUUUUUUUUUUUUUAAAUCUAUUGAGUUAAAUUUGAGUGAUUAUUUAUUUUUGUGUUCUAAUUUUUAAUUUUCGGCCGUGUUUAUAUCACGCCCACGUGGCGAAAUAAAUUUGAUUGUACACAUUAAGUGAAAAUUAUGGACAGAUCUAGAUUUGCAUAUGCGACAGCGGCGGCCGUUGGGGCGAGUACAGCAAUUUUCUUUGUAUGGUGGUGGUGGAUAAAGAGGCAAAAGGACCAGCCACCAUCGCGAUGGCGAAAAGUCGGUGAAUUAAGUGAUUUAAUUUGUUUUCCGGUUAAAUCACUUGGACCAGUGCGAAUGAACACCAUGGAGUGUACGCCACUUGGUUUAAAGUCCGGUUGGCUGAGAGACAGAACCCUCAUGGUCAUUGAUCUCAAUGGGCAAUUUGUCACUGGCAGACAAAUGCCAAGGAUGGUCCAGGUAUCGCCAAGUGUAUCGGAGUCAUAUUUAACACUACGAGCUCCAGGAAUGAUGGCGGUGUCAAUUGAUCUUGCGAGAAUUCGAGGAAAAAGUUUUCGAGCCGCAGUUUGGGGACAAUCAGUGCAAGCUUGCGAUUGCGGCGAGGAAGUUGCGAGAUGGCUGUCGCGUUUUCUUCUUCAAGAAGACGUUGGUCUUAGACUCGUUUAUUAUCCGUUAGAUCGACCAUCGCGAGAAGUGAGAACCAAGAACAAGAUCUUCCCGUUGACUGAAAGUAUCGACACGGGAGCUUAUCCUGACGCAACAAGUUACACCUUGUUGAAUGAAGCAUCAUUAGCGGAUUUAAAUAAUCGUCUUGAGGAACCAGUUAAUGCGUUGAAUUUCCGAAUGAAUUUUGUGGUGAAAGGAGCUGAUGUUUUGGAAGAGGAUUAUUGGGAUUGGAUAAAAAUUGGAAAUACAGUUUUUCGAAAUGUAAAGCCAUGUUUGAGAUGUAUUUUUACGACAGUGGAUCCUGAGAGUGGGAAAAAGAAUCCAAAAGUCGAACCUCUUAAGACGCUAAAAGGAUACCGUCAGAUAACGGAUCCAGAAAUACGACCGGCGACAGGCGAUUAUCCCGUGAUGGGAAUUCACUUAGGAUUAAGAAGUAAAAAUGGAACAAUUCGUCUCGGUGAUCCUGUUUAUGUGAAUAUUUUGGAAAAAGAGGAGGCAAUAUUGAGUACGCCUCCAUAGCAUCAUCGUUGGGACUCGUGUGAUGAAAAAAUUGUCCUCCUUCCCGAGGAUAUGGAUCAAAUUACUUGAAAUGACAAUUUGUAAAAUUAUUCCCAUAGGCAAAGAAAAUAUUUUACAAAUUUUCAAUUUUUAUUUAUUUAUUUUUUUUUUUUUUGAAUAUCAGAGGGAAAAAAACAUGAUUUUAUAUUUACAGCGGGAAAAUUUUUAUACACGGUGGAAGAGAUUUUUCCUUUCACUCUUUUAAUAUCGUAAAUAAAUAUUUUUCGAUGAAACGAUUUAAUAAAAAAAAAGAGUACAAAUUUUUAAUGUACAAACUAAUACUCCAUGGGUAUUAGAAGAUAGAAAUGAUUUUUUAUGCGAAGAAAGGAAUUUAAAUUUUCAAUUUUUUACAAAUUUUUUUUUGUAAAACAAAUCCUUUUGUUUAGAAGUACUUUUUCUAAUUUUCUAUUCUAGGUUUUACUAAUUUUUAACAUCAAAACGAUAUUUGGUGAUAUUGUUCGAGAUAAUAGAACAUAAACGAUAAAUAUUAUUGAUAAUAUUUAAAUUAAAUUUUAGAAGAUUUUUUCAAUUAAAAAAUUGAAUAGAAAAAUUAAACAAUAAGUUUUUUUUUCUUGUUUAAUAUUUAUUUUAUAAUAAGAAGUCAAAAACUGGAACGAGGUCUUUAAUUUGUUGCGUAAUUGUAAUUUCUUUAAUUAUAUGGAAGAGUCUAUGACCUAAUGAUGCUCUUUGUACUUUAAAUUGUUCAUUAUUCACGUGAACACGAAUGGAGCACAAUUUAAUAAUUAUAUUAAUUAAACUGGCACUACGAUGACUUAUUUGUCGAAAAUUAUUUGUACAAUAAUUUUAAUAUAACUUAUUGUAAACGGACUCAUAAUUAUGUAAAUAUAUUAUCACACUGUUAUUUAUAUCUGUUAAAAUCAAUUUCUUUAUUAAUUUAAAGAAAUUGUAUUUGUACUUUAAACUGAUUUGAAAAAAAAUAAUUUAAUCGAAAUUAUGAUAUUUUAUUAAAUUUGAUUAAAUUUAAUAAAAAAGUAAAACAAUCAAUGAAAACAGAGAAAAUGUAACACAAUGUAAACAAUGUAAUUCAAGUGCAUGAAUUUUUGAAUUUUGAUGGAAUUGAAUAAAAUGUACCAAGAUUUGAUAAAA